AAGUCGGAUCCGGAGACCCCGGCUCGCAGCCGCGUCCUCGGCACUGACCCGCGCGCUCACCAUGGAGAUGCACUUCAUCUUCUCAGAUAAGGUCAUGCUUCUGUUUGAUUUCUGGAGUGUCCACAGUCCUGCAGGCAUGGCCCUCUCGGUACUGGUGGUCCUGCUCCUGGCUGUACUAUAUGAAGGCAUCAAGGUUGGCAAAGCCAAGCUGCUUCACCAGACUCUGGAGAGCCUGCCUGCCUCCAACAGCCAAGAAGUCAUCAUGGAAACAGACCGGGAUUCUGCAAGCUUGGCCUCCCCCCCGGUCAACAGAAGGCACCUCAGGUGGUUUCUGUGCUGCUUCGGCCAGUCUCUAGUUCAUAUUGCUCAGGUGGUCAUUGGCUAUUUUGUGAUGCUGACUGUAAUGUCCUACAACACUUGGAUUUUCCUGGGUGCGGUCCUAGGCUCGGCUGUGGGUUACUACCUUGCCUACCCACUUCUCAGCAGGAUGUAGCUGGCAAGGGAAGCACAGGUGCUGACGGCUGGAGGGGCCACUCUGCUACAUCACUUCCAGCCCAGCCACUUCUGAUGGCAACUGCUCACCAUCUUUCCCAGCUCCUGGCGACUUUGAGUGGAAGCCAGCAGUCCUCUCUCUCUGGAGCUCCAAGGUCACUGCAGCUGCCUCCCAUCGCCCCCAGCCUACACAGGGCCAGGCCUCAUCUACCGCCUCAAGAAGGCAGCUGUGAGCAAGAGGAGAAUGCAGAGGUGAAGCUGUGAGCAGUGGGAGAAUGGAGAGGUGAGAGCCUGGGGGAGAGAGCGAGCAGCUGAGCCUCCCAGGCUGCAUGGCUGAGGCAGACAUGAGCAUUCCCAAAGACCUCCAGGACUGAGAGAAGGCUCUGGGUGGCGAAGGCCAUGAGACCCAGAUGGUCUCUCUUCUACUUUGUGCCUUAUCUACGGGAGCAUCUUCUAUUGGACAAACUGACCACUUUUGCGCUCGGAAGGACAGAGUCCAGGCUAGCUCCUUUGCCUUUGGAACACCCAAGAUUGUUGACAAACCAAGAUUUCUUAUUUUGCACAUUCAGGUAAAUGAAACACUUAAAUGGAAUGAUUUCAUUCUAUCCGUGAUGGAUGGCGGCAUCUGCUGAGGUCCAUCUCCCAUUCUUAGGGAAAGGCUGACAGCCGAUGAGAGGCAGAGACCCAGGACUGUGGCCAGGACUGCUGGCUUGUCCUUUGGGCACUGUGAGCUCCAACCUGAUGCCACUGUCCGCAGUGGGAGCUCAGCCUAAUGGCCAGUGUACUGGGGAGCUCUAAAUAGCCUUAAUACUUUUAUUCUCAAUAGAGAACUACAUUAAUACUAUUCAGCUAUUAAUGUUCCUUAUUUAUUACUGCUUGCUCAUAAUGAUCUGGUGGGGAAACAUGAUUCAGUUCCUUGAAGAUACUGAUUAAGCCAUAUUGGGGAGGUGGAUGGGUAGACUGUUGACUGAGGAUGCAGUAAACAAACCAAAGUGAGUACAUAUUUCGAGUUAGAUGGACUCUAGGUAUUUGGACUUUUCACUUUAUGAGAGACCCAGGGAGAGGAAAUCACUGCUGUAUACUGUAAUGUCUAUGCUCAGGCACCUCAUGGGCCUGGUGGAAAGACACUUUUAAGCUUUGGGAAUGAAAAACAAAUACAUUUUAAUAAAUGUGUAUUUUUAAAUAGUCUGUUUGUCUUUAUUCUAACAUUGAUCAUGCAAAGGCCUUGUACCAACUAAUCUUAGAGCUAAGGGGGUGGACGGCAGGGGUGGCGUGGACAGCUGGACACAGUGUGGCUCAGCUGAGCCCUUGCAUGCUGUGCUACAGGCCAGGCACCCCACAAUGCCUACUUUGUCAGCACCCUUUCGCUUAUGUAGCCAGCAGUAAUGGGGUACCUGCCCACUGUAAGAGAAUAACAGUCCCACGGUAUUGGCACGAUUGCUAGUACCUUCUCUCC